GCCUGGCGUCCUGAGAGCCGCGGGUCACCCUGCUCGCCUCCGGGCUGCGUGUUAGCUCCCCGGAUCGGGGGUCGGGGGCGCUGCGGCGCGUCCGCCCGCGGGCCGGCCCAGGCAGCGGCGCCUCCGAGCGGGCUGCGGGCCCAGGUCGCGCUCGGCCCCCGAGAACCGGCGCGUUGGGGGCGGCGCCCGGCCGGGAGCGGGAGAAGGCGGGAGAGCUCGCGCGGUGCGAGGCGCGGGCCGGCCGGCCGGGCAGCAUGAGUCAGCAGCGGCCGGCGCGGAAGCUGCCCAGCCUGCUGGUGGACCCGGCGGAGGAGACGGUGCGCCGUCGGUGCCGCGACCCCAUCAACGUGGAGGGCCUGCUGCCAUCAAAAAUAAGGAUUAAUUUAGAAGAUAAUGUACAGUAUGUGUCCAUGAGAAAAGCUCUAAAAGUGAAGAGACCUCGUUUUGAUGUAUCUCUGGUUUAUUUAACUCGAAAAUUUAUGGAUCUUGUCAGAUCUGCUCCUGGGGGUAUUCUCGACUUAAACAAGGUUGCCACAAAACUGGGAGUGCGAAAACGGAGAGUAUAUGACAUCACCAAUGUCUUAGAUGGAAUCGAUCUGGUUGAAAAAAAGUCUAAGAACCAUAUUCGAUGGAUAGGAUCUGAUCUUAGCAAUUUUGGAGCAGUGCCCCAACAGAAGAAGCUGCAGGAGGAACUUUCUGACUUAUCAGCAAUGGAAGAUGCUUUGGAUGAGUUAAUUAAGGAUUGUGCUCAGCAGUUGUUUGAAUUAACAGACGACAAAGAAAAUGAAAGACUAGCAUAUGUGACGUAUCAGGAUAUUCAUAGCAUUCAGGCCUUCCACGAACAGAUCGUUAUUGCGGUGAAGGCUCCUGCAGAAACCAGAUUGGAUGUUCCAGCUCCAAGAGAAGACUCUAUCACAGUACACAUAAGGAGCACCAGAGGCCCCAUCGAUGUUUAUUUAUGUGAGGUGGAGCAGGGCCACUCUAGUAAUAAAUCGUCGGAAGGUGCAGGCACCUCUUCAUCUAAAAACAAACAUCCAGAACCCCCCAAUAAAGAAGAAAAUCCUCCACAGCAAAGUGAAGAAUUGCUUGAAGUAAGCAACUGAUAGCAUUUGAGAAUUCGUGCACCGAGUUCUUGGGGAGCUUCCUGUGUGGGAUGAAUUAUGCAUCACAUUUGAUUCUCAGAGCAAUAAAUCGUCCAUGAAAUUCUCUGCUUCUGUCAGCAGCAUCAAGGCCAGUAGUGGCUUUGAGUAGUUCACUACUGCGAUUACUGGAGAAUUAUGGUUUCAGCAUUUGAAAACGACUCUUUUUAUAAUUAUUCACUGCUUUUUGUCAGUGAAAUGGACCCUUGCCUACUGAAAUAACUUCACAGAGUACCACGGAGGCAGACGGUCAGGCCUGAGGUGGACAGUGAGUGCUUCGCGGACUCUGCGCUUUUCUUCAAGGAUCAUGUGUCAUUAUAACAAAAGAAAUUGCCUUACACGGGUUCACGUCUGCAGUUAGCUGUCGUACGUUGGAUGGGUGUACGCAGGCAUCCGAAUGUGACGUCUUUGUAUAUAUCUGUAUAAUGUUUAGAUUACUUAUGUAAUAUGUCUAAGUAAAACUUUUCACCCUUGUACAGCCAAAAUAAUGUAUAUAUGGAAAAUAACAGACAAAUUCUCUAAUUUCUGUGGUAUCUAUAACUUAUUAGAAUCCUCUCAGUGGGGGUUAGAGGAAAGUUUUUUUCCAAACUUCUACAUGUAGAAGUAUCAUAAAUAACGCUAUACAUUGAAAGCUCAUGGAUUUAAUUAAAGUAUUUCAAUAUGGUUCCCAGUGCUGAAAUUGAAAUCUGAUACUUCGUGAUUUCAAGCUCCCUGCAGGGUUAUUGUGUCCAAGCAGACUGGUGGCGUGCCCUGAAGCCUUAGGGGCAAGUGUAGAAAUGCUAUCAGGUAAUGGCUUCAUUCGUUGCAAGACAUGGAUUUAAUCAUGGUGACAAUUGGAAACUGUUUUAACCUUUUUUGCAAGCAGAUUUUGUAGUACAUUUCUGUACGCAGCCUUGCUUUUCAAUCAGAAGGGUUUGCUUUUAAUGAGUGGGCUGUACCCUGCCCUCUCUCCAGCUCUACUCCCACAUUUCCAAGUACCUAGCUCUCUACCUCAUUGGGUAAGUCACUUACCACUCUGUGCCUCAGUUUACUCCGUAGUUUACCAUUAGACUGUGAGCUCCUUGAGGGACUUUGUCUUAAUCAUUGUUACACCCAGCGCCUUGCACCAUGCCUGGCACAUCAGAAGUGCUCAAUAAAUCUUUAAACAAA